AUGCAGAGCCUGACCGUGCAGGGGACAACGGCCGAGAUUAAUGGAAGCGGGCCGAGCUUGGAGGUGCGUACAGAGGUGACGUCUACUGGAACCUGCGCCGGAAUCUGUGGUGCUAGCGGCCUCGCCUUAUAUGCAAUCUUUGGAGACGGACGCAGGACAGGAGGAAACCUGGCGCCCUCCAGGCCUUGCGGGCGAUGCCGCCAGUGUCAGGUGUCCGAGGCGGCGGAGGCGCGCGCCACGCCACGUGACCCUCACCUCCUGGAGGUGCCGGUGUACCUGGAGGGGGCCAAGGUGGCGGAGGGGGCGGGGGCGGCAAAUCGCCUUAUAAAGGCCUCCCGGAGGCGGCCGCCGCUCCGUCGCUACUCACGAGAACGCUUGGUGAACACUCUCCCACCCAGCUGUCCAAGUCCUGCGCACUUAGCUGAGAUGUCUGCGGAUGAGAUACAGCAGCUGAAGGAGUGGGCGGAGCAGCAGCCACACCUGCCGCCAGUGCCAGAGGAGCAGCUGCCACUGUUUCUGCGGACAGCCGACGGCAACCUGGAGAAGGCAAAGGAGGGCGUCGACCUGUACUACACGGUGCGCACCCACGCCCCAGAGGCGUUCUCCAACAGGGACCCCCUGAUGCCCGAGAUAGACAACGUCGCUGCACUCUUCCACGUGGCGGCCUCGCCGGUGCUGCACCCUGACGGCUACAUCGUGCUGUUCGCGCGCCUGCUGCCCGACACGGCGGACCGCUUCGUGCACGCGGACGCGCUCAAGUUCUACUGGAUGUGCGAGGACCUGGCCCUGCGCGAGCACCCGGCCAACACCGGCUUCCUCUUCGUGUUCGACCUGAGCGGCAUGUCGCUGCCCCAUCUGGCGCGCCUCAACCUCGUGCUGCUCAGGCAGUACCUCGUCUACACGCAGGAUGCCCUGCCGUCAAAGGUAAUUGGUAACCACAUGGUUAACGUCGUCCCGGCGACGGAGACGUUGAUUAAUAUCAUGAAGCCCAUAAUGAAGAAGGAGCUCUCCGACAAGCUUUUUGUCCAUUCAAAGGACAUGGAAGAAUUUUACAAACACGUGCCGAAAUCAGUUCUGCCCAAGGAUUAUGGUGGUGAACUGGACAGCCUCGAAGUCUACCAUAACGAGACGCGGCAGCGGCUGAAGGAGCACCGCGAGUGGUUCCUGUCGGAGCAGGCGCUGCGGGUGGACGAGUCCCGCAGGCCAGGGCGCGCUCUCACCGCCACCGAUGUCUUCGGCAUGGAGGGCUCCUUCCGCGCCCUCUCCAUCGACUGAGCGCGCCGCGCCUCACUCGGCCUUCCGCCGCUGUCUCGCUGUACCACGCUCGCUUCCGCAGUAGCCAGUUGCCGGCACGGCCCAGCUCAUUCAUAACCUGAGACGGCUUACAUUCUAGUGCACCAUCAACCUUAGGAGAAUUACUUUAACAAGAAUCACGAUUCUUCGGUUUUACUAGCGGUUGGAUACCCGCAUAUCUCAAGAUUAUCUACUCGCCCUUCUAAACACACCAAUAUGAGAUCAUUACUAGUUUGUACGAAAAGAAAGUUUGUACAAAAAUAAAAUGGGAAGUGUGGCAAAA